AUGAGGAGAGGAGAGGAGAGGAGAGGAGAGGAGAGGAGAGGAGAGGAGAGGAGAGAAGAGAAGAGAAGAGAAGAGAAGAGAAGAGAAGAGAAGAGAAGAGAAGAGAAGAGAAGAGAAGAGAAGAGAAGAGAAGAGAAGAGGAGAGAAUUGAGUAUAUACGUAAUACAUAAGACACAUAAUACACAACCCUUCAUACUCUACUCUGAUACAUAG